UUAGCCAAUCGAGUACUUAAAGAAGCAUGGGGGUGCGGCUUUUCGAGGUUCAAAUCAACCUGCCAACCAACCAGAAAGCUUAGAGGGUGGGCCUUACGAAGAGGUUUGCGGGUCAAGUUACUGUGGCGGGUAGGACUGUGGAAAACAAGAGGCUAUCAAGUGCGUUGGAAACGACCCGUUCUACUGCGGUGAACGAAGGAGGUGAUCCGUGAGGGUUUUUUUGACAUCCUCCCUCGGCGUCGUUAACGGUUGCGGCUUCUCUUCCUCAAGGGCUACCAGGGACGGUUGCCAUAGCCAUGGGCAAAGGCGACCCCAAUAAGCCUCGGGGCAAAAUGUCCUCGUACGCUUAUUUCGUGCAGACGUGCCGCGAAGAGCACAAGAAAAAGCACCCUGAGUCUUCGGUCAACUUUGCUGAGUUCUCCAAGAAAUGUUCUGAGCGAUGGCGGACAAUGUCUGCAAAAGAAAAGGGCAAGUUUGAAGACAUGGCAAAAGGUGACAAAGCUCGUUAUGAAAGGGAGAUGAAAAACUAUAUUCCUCCUAAAGGGGAGAAGAAGAAAAAGGAUCCCAAUGCCCCCAAAAGGCCACCAUCUGCUUUCUUCCUGUUUUGUUCUGAGCAUCGUCCAAAGAUAAAAAGUGAACACCCUGGCUUGUCUAUUGGGAAUACAGCAAAAAAACUAGGUGAAAUGUGGUCUGAGCAAACAGCUAAAGACAAACAACCCUUUGAGCAGAAGGCAGCAAAGCUAAAGGAGAAAUAUGAAAAGGAUGUUGCAGCAUACCGUGCCAAGGGUAAGAGUGAUGCAGGAAAGAAAGGUCCAGGUAGGCCAGCAGGCUCCAAGAAGAAGGCAGAACCUGAGGAAGAGGAGGAGGAGGAGGAAGAUGAAGAGGAGGAAGAUGAUGAAGAAGAGGAGGAGGAGGAAGAUGAAGAGUGAAGUUAUAACCUGCUGUAAAGAUUUUGUGCUCAAAAAGUCCAUGAUUUUGCUAAGAAUGUGAAGUGCAGCUCAUUGUUAGCUUCAGUAUAAAAACUGUACAGAAUUGUGUAUAGGUGAUGUGAUUCUCUGUAGGGAAACCUGUAUUCUAAUGUAAGUAGUAGCUAAAGGCCGCUACUGUUAGAUUUUGAAAGCUGAUAUUGUCCAAUGUUCAGGCAUAUUUAAUGGUUCUUUGAAAUUCAGUGACUGCUUGAUUUUGAGCAAAGUAAGAAAAGGUAGUAAAAUUGGUAGUAACCUUGUCUUGCAUACUAUUGCAUUGUAUUACUUUUUUAACAAUUUUGUAAUAAAAUGAUGUACAUUA